AUGUUUUUCAGACGUGAAGAUGGAUUUAUGAGCGUCAGAGAUGCUAUUUUGAAGAAAUCAGAUGUCUUGCCAACCUUCUUUUCCGACUUAUUGUUGAAUUGGCUCCCAGAAGAUCUUCUCGAAUACCCUGUCCGACAACUUGUCUUCCUCUUGAUCUUUGCCUGCGGGUACAUUCUUAUCCGUCAAAGAGUGCUUCAGCACAGAGUCAACAAGGCCAAGAUGGAGGCUAUUGAAAAAGGCGAGUCUGUCGAUGAUAAUGUCGAUGACUUGUUUGAAAAAGAUUCCGAAGAAAUGGGAGAAUCUAAAUCCACCGCGAUUAAUGAAGCAAGUUGGGGUUGGGGCCAACAAACUAGAAGAGAUGUCAAGGCAAAACAGGCUAUUUUACAGCAAAUGUUGAAAGAAAGACAGGGCAAUGAUGAAGAAGACGAUGACAUUAAGGACUUAUUAGAAGAUUGA